ACGCGCCGCCGGAGGCAGGCCGGGCCCUCAAGAUGGCGGCGGGCGCCCCGAGCGGCUCGGCCCGGCAGUAGCGGCGGGACGGCACUCGCCGCUGGGGCCGGCCGCCCCGGGAGUGGCUGCAGCAGCGCCAGGAGUCGAGGAUGGUAAAAUGACCCAGGGGAAGAAGAAGAAACGGGCCGCGAACCGCAGUAUCAUGCUGGCCAAGAAGAUCAUCAUUAAGGACGGAGGCACGCCUCAAGGAAUAGGUUCUCCUAGUGUUUAUCAUGCGGUUAUCGUCAUCUUUUUGGAGUUUUUUGCUUGGGGAUUAUUGACAGCACCCACCUUGGUGGUAUUACAUGAAACCUUUCCUAAACAUACAUUUCUGAUGAAUGGCUUAAUUCAAGGAGUAAAGGGUUUGUUGUCAUUCCUCAGUGCCCCACUUAUUGGUGCUCUUUCUGAUGUUUGGGGCCGGAAAUCCUUCUUGCUGCUAACAGUAUUUUUCACGUGUGCCCCAAUUCCUUUAAUGAAGAUCAGCCCAUGGUGGUACUUCGCUGUUAUUUCUGUUUCUGGGGUUUUUGCAGUAACUUUCUCCGUGGUAUUUGCAUAUGUAGCAGAUAUAACCCAAGAACAUGAAAGAAGUAUGGCAUAUGGACUGGUGUCAGCAACAUUUGCCGCAAGUCUGGUAACCAGCCCUGCAAUCGGAGCUUACCUUGGACGAGUAUACGGGGACAGCUUGGUGGUGGUCCUGGCCACAGCAAUAGCGUUGCUAGAUAUUUGUUUUAUCCUUGUUGCUGUGCCAGAGUCGUUGCCUGAGAAGAUGCGGCCAGCAUCGUGGGGAGCACCCAUUUCCUGGGAACAGGCUGACCCCUUUGCGUCCUUAAAAAAAGUGGGCCAAGAUUCCAUAGUGCUGCUAAUCUGCAUUACGGUGUUUCUCUCCUACCUACCGGAGGCAGGCCAAUAUUCCAGCUUCUUUUUAUACCUCAGACAGAUAAUGAAGUUUUCACCAGAAAGUGUUGCAGCAUUUAUAGCAGUCCUUGGCAUUCUUUCCAUUAUUGCACAGACCAUAGUCUUGAGUUUACUUAUGCGGUCAAUCGGAAAUAAGAACACCAUUUUAUUGGGUCUUGGAUUUCAAAUAUUACAGCUGGCAUGGUAUGGCUUUGGUUCAGAACCUUGGAUGAUGUGGGCUGCUGGGGCAGUAGCAGCCAUGUCUAGCAUUACCUUUCCAGCUGUCAGUGCCCUUGUGUCACGAACCGCCGAUGCUGAUCAACAAGGUGUUGUUCAAGGAAUGAUAACAGGAAUUCGAGGACUGUGCAAUGGUCUGGGACCAGCUCUUUAUGGAUUCAUUUUCUACAUAUUCCAUGUGGAACUUAAAGAACUGCCAAUGACAGGAACAGACUUGGGAACAAACACAAGCCCACAGCACCACUUUGAACAGAAUUCGAUCAUCCCUGGCCCCCCCUUCCUCUUUGGAGCCUGUUCCGUACUGCUGGCUCUGCUUGUUGCCUUGUUUAUUCCAGAACAUACCAAUUUAAGCUUGCGGUCCAGCAGCUGGAGAAAGCACUGUGGUGGUCACAGCCAUCCCCAUAGUACACAAGCGCCAGGAGAGGCCAAAGAACCUUUACUCCAGGACACGAACGUGUGAUGACUGAAAUCAGGAAGACUUUUCUACCACACCCAGGUCUUAGUUUUCACCUGUAGUUCUGGAUGUACAUUCCAUUUCCAUCUCAAUGUACUUUAAGAUUGUCUUAAGAAAUGUAUCUGCAUGAACUCGUGGGAACUAAAGAAAGAACCAGAACCGGACAGUUUUCCAAAGAUGUUACAAUUUCUUUUGAAAAGAAACCUUUUGUUUAUUAGCACCAAUUUCUUGCCACUAAGCUUUUUUGUUUUAUUAUACAUCCUUUAAUUAAAAACUAUAUACGUACCUUCUUAGAUACUAGCAACGUCUCUGCUACCAUUUCCUUCAGGUGUUGAGCUUUAACUCUAUGCUGACUCACAGUGAGACAGAGUAGGUAGUACGGUUAUGGACCUGUUAGUUUUAACAUUGUAAAAUCUUGGGUCAAAUAAUUCAAAGCCUUAAUGCAGAUGCACUAAAGUAAAGAAAUGGUAAAUGAACUGUUUGCAUUUAAAAAAAAAAGAAAAAAACUUAAGAAAAUUGUACUAAAUCUGAAUCAUGUUUUAAGCUUGUUUGUAGUAAUUUUAUUUUAAAAACAUUCACCACUGUUUUUGAAAUGAGAAAGUAUCAGCCAUUUAGAAUUUAAAUUGGGGUAGAGUCUGUAAAUCUAAACACUGGCUCGAAUUUGUUUCCCCAGCUACUUCUACCACUAUUCUUUUAAUGUUUGCAUAAUCAUAAGAACCUCAACACUUGAAUACAUAAUCUAAAAUUAUAUAGUAAAGCUGGUAGCCUUGAAAAUGUCAAUGUGAUAUCUGUAUGUAGAUAAAUAUAUAUAGUGGCCUUUCAGGACUGUCACAGUAACACUUUAUUUACAGAGCUAAUGUUUGUCCUAAAUUUUCAGGACCCUAGAAGAGAGCUUUAUACAAUUCCUGAUGUGAAUUUCUCUAAAGUGUAUAUUUUUGUGUCCAGUUAUAUUAUUUAAAAAAGUGUUACUUUGUAAAAAUUGUACAUAAAGUAUUGUAUAGUUUACACUGUUUUCAUCUUGUGUGUGGUUAUUGCGCAAUGCUUUUUAAACUUGGAACAUUCACUAUGGUUAAAUAAGGUCUUAAACGAAAUGUAAAUAUUCUGUUAAUAAAAUUAAAUAUUUUAAUGA